AUGGAUCAACGACUUCUUAGCUCCAGUGAGGCCGACCCGGUGUCGGUGCCAAGGCGGAUCUUGCGCAAGGGCACCCACAGUUGUGCAGAGUGCAAGCGACGGAAGACGAGAUGUUUCUUCGAAAACACUGCCGCGACGAUCUGUGUGGGAUGCCAGCGGCGAGGGACGGCCUGCAUUGGUCAAGAGUUUGUUGACGUGCCUGUGUCCAGGCGCGACGAGGAUCCGCCGACGGGGGAGAGGCUAGAGAGAAUAGAGAGCAUGCUCCAGCGACUGACUGACAAGGUUUUCUCGUCUGAUGGCUCUAGCAUCCUGAGCGAUGCCUCUCCUCCGCAACCUUCCUUUGGCAGGCCGUCGACAGAGGAAGCGGACCCGGACCCAGUUAGCGAGGGUGGCUAUUCACAUUCCCAAGCUGAGAGUUCAAAGAAGGGAAAGACAUCGCCCCGUAUCUAUCCUGGGGGAACGGCAGCCCGAGCCCAAGGGGAGUCGUAUCAACCCGAAGCAAUCCCAGGGCCUAUACAGUACGCGCCGUCUCACCUCUUCUCCAUGUGCCAGACCUUGCACUCGGCUUUUCCAUGUCAGGACGACGUAAAUAUCCUAUUUGAGGCUGGCAGGGCCACCAUCUACCUCCAAGCACUCUGCAAUUCGUACCGUGAGCUCUUCGAACAAGGCAAAUCUUUAUCCAGCAACGUUCUAUCGGCCAUUCCUCCCGAGACUGUUCACCCAGUGUUACUUGCAAGAAAGCUCUUGCAUCUCAGCCUUUGCAUGCAGCAAUUAGAUCCAUCAUUUGACCGACGCUCUCUGCAACUACAGCAAGGUCUUGAGGAGGCCAUGCAGGGAUACUUCCACCUUGCCACGAGCUUGGUUACCUGCCACGACGAGCUGCUCAACUCCCUCGAAGGCCUUGAGUGUCUCAUCUGCGAGGCCGUUUAUCUUGUAAACUGCGGUAAUCUCCGGCGAGCUCUGGUCUGUCUGCGGCGAGCGUCAACCCUCGCUCAGUUCAUGGGCAUGCAUCGCAAAGGGUCACGUACCUCGCUCAAACAACACGACCCGGCGACACGGGUCUCGGGCGACGUGACUUGGGCGCAUUUGGCGUACCUGGAGCGAUACUUGUCGCUUCUUCUUGGCAUGCCGACAUCCAUCUCCAAUGCCAAGUUUGGAUCCCACGACAAGACAUCUGGCGAGACUGAUGCGGAGUGGUUUGAAAGAACACAGGUUGACAUAUGCGAGCUUAUCAUAAACCGAGGACAACUCAGCGGAGAAGACAGCUUCAACACGACAAUGGAGAUAGACGCUACCCUGACCCGAGUAUCCAACAGCGUCUCAAGCACAUGGUGGACGCCCAUGGACCUUGACCCGCAGAUGAAUGUCGACGAGGUCAUGGCCCGAGUCAUCAGUGGCCAGAUGCAAAUUGUCCACUACAACAUGCUUACAAUUGUGCAUUUGCCAUACCUACUACGCCAGGAUGCAGGUUCUCGAUACGACUACAGCAAGACAGUCUGCACAUACGCCAGCAGAGAGGUCUUGAACCGGUACAUUACCUUCCGCUCGAUUGUGCGCGUCGUUUACUGCUGCCGCCUGGUAGACUUCUGCGCCUUUACUGCAGCGCUGACUCUCCUCAUUGCUCAUUUGAGUGGCCACGGUCGUAACUCGUCCUGGCUCCCUGCUCAUCAGCGCGUUGGCGACCGGAAUCUGGCAGAAAAGGUUAUUGAGACCCUCGAGGAGCUGAACCGAUUGAAUCACGACGAAUUGUCAAAGGAGACGGCGAAACUAACGCGAAAGCUCCUGGGGUUGGAGGCUGUGGCGGCCAGGAACGGCAGCAUCUACCGCUGUAGUGUGCGUGAUGAAGAUUACAACCCCGACGGUAGAGGUAUGGACGGACCAUUUCACCUCAAAAUUCCAUACUUCGGAACCGUGUGGCUCGAACCCAACUCGCCCACUCCAACAGACAGCGUUUUUAUACCUCCAUUACCAGACUUGGACAAUGAGUCGGGCCAUGUCUCGGAACCAGCUGCGACAUCGUCGGUCACCCUCGACCUUCCCCGGCGGCCGGGAGAGAGGGAAGAGGAACUUCUCUCCACCUACAACGCUUCCAUGGUUCAGGAGAGCGCGGACAUGGACUUUUUGGACUUUGCGAUGCCAGAUCUUAUAGCGGAGGCGAACGACUGGGCGUUUCAGGGAGUUGAUUCUGCCUUUUUCGAUAGCGUGAUGGCUGGUUAUACCCUCGAAUGA